AACACCAACAACACGCCCCAAGCUCAGAUCGCCAGGUCAAGAUUCCUCUACAUACACAGCGACAUGGCGACCAAGACUUAUGACGCAUCCAAGCUAAAAGCAUACGGCAAUGCCGCUGCCGGCCACGAAGGCGUUCUCAGCGAUGAAUCUGGCGCUGUCGUAGUCAAACCAUGUACUCUUGCCGAAAUCAACUUUUACGAAUCUCUCACUGCGCACCCCGAUCUUGCGCGCCAUCUCCCCACCUUCAUGGGUCAGCUGUCGCUUUCAGCUGACCAGACUGCCGCCGUAGAGAGCAUCGAGAGCGGGACUGUACAGACGGCCGACGGCACCAUUGAGCGACUGCAUGGAAAGCAUCUGGACACCGACCUGCACAUAGUUCUUGAGAACAUCACCCAUGGGUUCAAGAAGCCCAACGUCUUGGACUUGAAGCUUGGCGCGCGGUUAUGGGACGACGACUCCAAGCAGGAGAAGAGGGAUCGCCUCGAUGCUGUCAGCAAGGAGACUACGAGUGGCAGCCUCGGCUUCAGGAUAGCGGGUAUGCGCACCUACAAAGGCGCCGAUGUACCAGACGUCCCCGAGGACCUGAAGGAGUACGUUGAUGUGGACAGGGAGAGUGGGUACUGGGUGUACAACAAAAUGUAUGGGCGCAAGUUCAACGCCGAGAAUGUGGACGAGGGCUUUGCAUCUUACAUCUUCCCUGGCGCAAAGUCGGAAGCCGAGCUCGAUCGUGCGAGAGAAGUGCUUGCGUACUUUCUCGGUGAGGUCAAAGACAUCCAAGAAGUAUUCGAGAGCAAAGAGAGCAGGAUGUACAGCGCCAGUAUACUUCUUGUGUACGAGGGCGACGUGGAGGAAUACGGCAACACAAAGCAAAAGCUGCGAUCGGCGCAUCCCGAAGACGAUGACGAGGAUGACGAGGAGAAUCUGCCCAAGCUUGCCGAGGUCAAGAUGAUUGACUUUGCACACGCGGCAUGGACGCCUGGGCAGGGGCCGGACGAGAAUGCGCUGCAGGGCAUGAGGAGCACGGCCAGGAUAUUAAAGAGCAUGUUGGACAAGGUGCAGGAUUAGAAGCGUUGUUUCUCUUUGCCUAAUCUAGUCUUUGUAACCGCUGUAUACCCGAUGUUAAGCAGAUCGUGUAGACUUUAGCUAAGCAUGCAUCGAAUAUGAACAUCUA